AUGCUGGUCCCCGCACUCCUUGUCCUCUUCUUCUGCCUCAGAGGGCGUGCAGGCCUGUCACCCCACUUCCUGCAACAGCCAGAUGACCUCGUAGUACUGCUGGGGAACGAGGCCCGUCUGCCCUGUGCCCUGGGUGAAUACUGGGGGCUGGUUCAGUGGACUAAGGAUGGGCUGGCUCUAGGGGGUGAAAGAGACCUGCCAGGGUGGUCCCGGUACUGGAUAUCAGGGAAUGCAGCCAGUGGCCAGCACGACCUCCACAUCAGGCCCGUAGAGCUAGAGGAUCAAGCAUCCUACGAAUGUCAAGCUACACAAGCAGGCCUCCGCUCUCGACGAGCCCAACUGCACGUGCUGGUGCCUCCGGAACCCCCCCAGGUGCUGGGUGGCCCCUCUGUGUCUCUGGUUGCUGGAGUUCCUGCGAAUGUGACCUGUCGGAGCCGUGGGGAUGCCCGCCCCACCCCUGAGCUGCUGUGGUUCCGAGAUGGGGUCCAGCUAGACGGGGCCACCUUCCGCCAGACCCUGUUGAAGGAAGGAACCACUGGGUCAGUAGAGAGCAUCUUAUCUUUGACCCCUUCCAGCCACGAUGAUGGAGCCAUCUUGGUUUGCCGGGCUCGGAGCCAGGCCCUGCCUGCGGGGAAGGACACAGCUAUCACACUGAGCCUGCAGUACCCCCCAGUGGUGACUCUGUCUGCAGAACCACAGACAGUGCAGGAGGGAGAGAAGGUCACUUUCCUAUGCCAGGCCACAGCCCAGCCUCCUGUCACCGGCUAUAGGUGGGCAAAGGGGGGCUCCCCUGUGCUUGGGGCCCGCGGGCCAAUGUUGGAGGUAGUGGCGGACGCUUCAUUCCUGACUGCGCCAGUGUCCUGCGAGGUCAGCAACGCAGUGGGUAGCGCCAACCGCAGCACAGCGCUGGAUGUGCGAUUCGGGCCGAUUCUGCAGGCAAAGCCGAAACCCUUAUCCGUGGACGUAGGGAAAGACGCCUCCUUCAGCUGUGUCUGGCGCGGGAAUCCGCUUCCACGGGUCACCUGGACCCGCCGCGGGGACGCGCAGGUGCUGGCCUCCGGGCCCACACUGCGUCUUCUCGCGGUGGGGCCGGAGGAUGCAGGCGACUACGUGUGCAGAGCCGGGCCGGGGCUCUCGGGCCUGGGGGGCGGCGCUGCGGAAGCUAGGUUGACUGUGAACGCUCCCCCAGUGGUGACCGCCCUGCACUCUGCGCCCGCCUUCCUGAGGGGCCCCGCCCGCCUCCAGUGUCUAGUCUUCGCCUCCCCCUCCCCAGAAGCCGUGGUCUGGUCUUGGGAUGAGGGCUUCCUGACGGCGGGGUCGCGAGGUCGGUUCCUGGUGGAGACAUUCCCAGCCCCAGAGGGCCGCGGGGGACAGGGUCCAGGCCUGAUCUCUGUGCUGCACAUUUCGGGGACCCAGGAGUCCGACUUUAGCCGGGGCUUCAACUGCACUGCCCGGAACCGGCUGGGCGAAGGAGGCACCCAGGUCAGCCUGGGACGUAGAGACUUGCUGCCCACCGUGCGGAUUGUGGCUGGAGUGGCCGCUGUGGCCACGACUCUCCUUAUGGUCAUCACUGGGGUGGCCCUCUGCUGCUGGCGCCACGGCAAGGCCUCAGCCUCAUUCUCCAAGCAAAGGAAUCUGGUGCGAAUCCCAGGGAGCAGCAAUGGCUCCAGUUCGAGGGGUCCCGAGGAGGAGACAGGCAGCAGCAAGGACCAGGGCCCCAUCGUGCACACAGACCACAGUGACCUGGCUCUGGAUGAGGAAGGAGCUCUAGAGACCAAGGACCCAACCAAUGGUUACUACAAGGUCCGAGGAGUCAGUCCACCCACGUCUCCAGACUCAUGUGUGACAUCUCUCCAACUGAAGAGUCCUGGGAUCUUCAACUUGCCAUAA